ACAUCAACAGCAAUUUUUCCAGCCACUGGAGGAGCGCUUCCUGGUCUCUGAAAAAUAAAUAACGUACAGUGUUUUAAAUAGCUACCAAGGGUCAAUCAAAGUACUGAAAGUCUGUAGAAAAAUGAAUCUCUUUGUGGAGUUUUUGUUGCUUUUACCUAUAAUAAUUUACACGUACAUAGAGGCUUUUGUGAAGCUUUUCAUUCCUGUGAAGAGGAAGUCUGUCAGUGGAGAGCUUGUUCUCAUUACCGGUGCUGGGCAUGGAAUUGGGAGAGCUACAGCCUAUGAAUUUGCCAAUCGACAAAGCAGAUUGGUUCUGUGGGACAUCAAUAAGCAUGGCAUUGAGGAAACAGCUGCAGAGUGCAGGAGGCUGGGGGCCACAGCUCAUGAUUUUGUGGUGGAUUGCAGUAAAAGGGAGGAAAUCUACAGUGCUGCAGAGAAGGUGAAAAAAGACAUUGGAGAUGUUACCAUCUUGGUAAAUAAUGCAGGAGUGAUUAUAGCUGCCGAUCUGCUCUCAACUCAGGACCAUCAGAUACAACAAAUGUUCGAGGUCAACAUUCUCGCUCAUUACUGGACUGCAAAAGCAUUUCUGCCAGCCAUGAUGAACAACAACCAUGGCCAUAUUGUCACUGUUGCUUCAGCAGCUGGUCACUUGGCAACUUCUUUCAUGGUGACUUACAGUUCAAGCAAGUUUGCUGCAGUUGGAUUUCAUAAAGCCCUAACACAAGAACUUUCUGCAUUGGGAAAGGAUGGAAUAAAAACAUCGUGCCUUUGUCCUGGUUUUGUAAAUACUGGCUUUGUCAAAAAUCCAAGUAUGAGAUUAAUGAAAGUUUUGGAGCCAGAGAAGGUUGCAAAUAAACUGCUAGAGGGGAUAUUGACCAACCAGAAAAUGAUUUUUGUUCCAUCAUUUCUGAAGAUACAUCUAAUAUUGGAAAAGAUUCUUCCAGAGCAUGCCUUGGCAGCAGUGUACAAGCUGCAGAAUAUUCAAUUUGAUGCAGUUGUUGGAUACAGAAACAGGGUCAUAAGUGAUUAGGUCAUCACCCUCCCCCUCAAACCGCACAGGCUGCAGAUGGGUCAUGUUUUGAGUUCAGAUCAAUUAUUCAAUGUUUUGAUUCAUUCAGAGAAAAAAUGGAAGACCCAUCACUUGCCUUCCCACAACAGCGAUAAACACUGCUCUGAGCAUCAAUGAAUUUCUGUAGGUAGCUGGCUGGCUGAGUUCCUAUUACAAUGAUUAUUUUAAUGCUUCUGGGAUUUGCUAGUAUUGUGUAAUUAACUGAAUAUGUUAGGGUGCCAAGAGCUUUAGGUGGCAAUCUUUUUAUCAUUCUAAAUCUAAAUAAAUAAAUAAAAUAGA